UGGGGAUGAAGUUGGUAGCCCGAAGCCAAGGCAACGGCCUCUCCUCUCCAUCCCGUCAUCUCACCAAUAAAGUAACCUAAUCGAGCAUACAUCGAAGCCUCCUCACCCUUCCACCGCAAUUACAUCCACGCCCCUCCUCUAGGUCCGGUAGAAAGGAAAGUGAUAGCGAAAGAGACAUCCCAAUCCCUGGCGGUGGCAGCACCACUACAAAAGUGUUGUUUUCCUCUCUCUUCUCUCCUCAGUCCUCACUCUUUUCUCUUUCGGAAGAGUGAAAGAAGAAAAUGGGGGACAAGAAGAAGCUCCAGUUCUUCCAACACCUACUAUUACCACCUCUCCUUUGUCUGUUUUUCUUUGAGCACUCUUUAGAGGUGGAAGCCUCUUGGUCAUCGUUGGACGGAGACUUGAGCACGCUGCUGGCCUUCCGCGCCCUGUCGGACCCGGCUCAGAAGCUGGCGAGCUGGAACCGGUCGGAACCGGCCCCGUGCUCGACGUGGCUGGGCAUCUCUUGCGCCCAGGGCCGCGUCACCCGCCUCGUCCUCGAGGGACUCUCCCUCUCCAGCCCCGACGCCCUCCAAGCCCUCACCCGCCUAGACCAGCUCCGCGUUCUCAGCCUCAAGUCCAACCUCCUCUCCGGCACCAUCCCCGACCUCUCCCCACUCCCCGCCCUCAAACUCCUCUUCCUUUCGCACAACAACCUCUCCGGCGCCAUCCCACACUCCAUUUCGUCUCUCUCCCGCCUUUACCGCCUCGAUCUCUCUCACAACAACCUUUCCGGCUCCGUGCCGGCCUCGCUGAACCGGCUCUCCCGUCUCCUCACCCUCCGCCUCGACUCCAACCGCCUAUCCGGCCCCAUCUCCGGCCUCGCCCUCCCCAACCUCCAGGACUUAAAUGUCUCCUCCAAUAUGCUUUCCGGCGCCAUCCCACCUUCUGCGACCUCCUUCCCCGCCGCCGCAUUUGCCGGGAACCCGGCCCUCUGCGGCGCCCCGCUUGCCAGCUGCCGCGACGCCGUCAGCGAUCCCAGCCGUCCCACCGACAACAGCUCCGCCGCCGCCCCCGUCCCCCCCGCCGCCGCCGUCGUCGCUUCCUCCCCCUCCUCCAAGCCGGUGGUCGCUCCCCCUGGCGAGCGCCGCCGCCCAACCCCCGGCGGCAUGAGCCGGGUCGCCGUGGUUGCCAUCGUGGUCGGGGACUUCGCCGUGCUGGUCAUCGUCUCCGGGCUUUUGUUUUGUUACUUCUGGCGGAAGUUCGCUCGGAAGAACCCGUCCCGGCUUCACGAGGGGGAGAAGAUUGUCUACUCCUCCAGCCCCUACGCCUCCCAGGGAGGCGGCGCCACCGGCGCUGCUGGCGGUGGGUUCGAGCGGGCGAGGAUGGUGUUCUUGGACGACGCCAAGCGGUUCGAGCUGGAGGACUUGCUCCGGGCUUCGGCGGAGAUGCUGGGGAAGGGCGGUUACGGGACCGCGUACAAGGCCGUCCUCGACGACGGCAGCGUCGUCGCCGUCAAGCGCCUCCGCGACGUCCAGGUCGCCGGAAAGCGCGAGUUCGAGCACCACAUGGAGGCCCUCGGCCGGUUGCGCCACCCCAACCUUGUCCCUCUCAAAGCCUACUACUCCGCCCGCGACGAGAAGCUCCUCGUCUACGAGUACAUGCCCAACGGCAGCCUCUACUCUCUCCUCCACGGAAAUCGAGGACCGGGGCGGACGCCGUUGGAUUGGACGACGAGGAUGAGGAUCGCGGCGGGGGCGGCGAGGGGGCUGGCGUUCAUCCACCACGCGAGCAAGGCGCCGAAGCUGGCCCACGGGAACGUCAAGUCUACCAACAUCCUCAUCGACAAGACCGGCAACGCGCGGCUCGCCGACUUCGGGCUGGCCCUCCUGGGCCCCGCGGCGGCCGCGCGGUACGGCGGGUACCGCGCCCCGGAGGCGCCGGCGGACGGGCGGCGACCCUGGUCGUCGCAGCGGGCGGACAUGUACGCCUUCGGCGUGGUGCUGCUGGAGCUCCUCACCGGGAAGCCGGCGGCCGACGGCGGCGGCGGAGUGAUAGACUUACCGCGGUGGGUGCAGUCGGUGGUGAGGGAGGAGUGGACGGCAGAGGUGUUCGACCUGGAGCUGAUGCGGUACAAGGGGAUCGAGGAGGAGAUGGUGGGGAUGCUCCAGAUCGCGAUGGGGUGCACCGCGACGUCGCCCGAUCAGCGACCCAGGAUCGGCCACGUAGUCAAGAUGAUCGAGGAGAUCCGCGGAGAAUUCUCCCCCUCGCUCGAGUCCUUCGACUCGAUGUCCGACUCGCCCUCCGCUUCGGAGGACGCCAGCGCCACCACCGCCGGCGUUGCCAGCCAGUAGGGCUAAUUUUCUAUUUUUAUGUAAAAGAAUGAUAGAUUUCUGUGAGCCGUUGGAUUUGAGAUGGAGGAUGUAAAGUGUGUUGUUUACUUUUGCUUUUUGGUUUUACUCUGUUGUGUCGUGUCGUUUGUUUUUGUGAACAUUGUAAUGAAACGGAUUUGGAUAACAUCCAAAGUGGUUAAUA